UCUACACCCACGUGGCAGAGGUCAACUGAAAAUUAAACUGAACUGAGCAACAGGAGAUCGAGAAAAGAGACAAGCACAUCUAUUAAAGUACCAGAAAUUAAAGCUUUAAGAGGUCUCAGCUAUGCUCAGCUGCCUCAGAUUCUGCAGGUCAGGAGAAAGUGAUGCUCUCUUUCAGCAGGCGGUUAAGGCUGUGAGUGGUGUGCCUGAUGUGGAGGUGGUGUGGGUGGGAGAAGAAGUGGAACCAGACAAGAACCUUAUCUACGUCUUGGCAUCGUUCGACACACCUCGCUACAACUCUCUGCUCAACAAGUGCAGGAUAAUCGGGCCUGCUGUCGUACUGGCUCACUUGGAACAUGGAUGGCCAUUCCCGGCUAGUUCCCAACCAGUGUUCUCUCUGGCCAUGCAUGGAGUGGUGGCUUGCUUCACUCAGGCAGGGAACAAAGAGAACAGAGAGAAACUGACACAGCUCGUGCGAUUGAUGGGUGGAAAGGUAGAAGGGGACUUCACAAAGAGAGUAACCCACCUGAUAGCCGGACAUGUUGGCAGCACCAAGUACCAUGUGGCUCGAAAACUCCGGCUCCCAGUGUUACUACCAUCCUGGGUGGAGUCCUGUUGGGGUGAUGGCCUUAAACAAGUGAUCUACGCCACCGACCCAACCACCUUCCCACCUCAUCAGGCACCACCAUUCACCGGAAUUACUAUCACUGUUACAGGACUCGACGAAAAAGCAAGGUCAAAGGUCAAGAAUACGUGCUCGGAGAACGGAGGGAAAUAUUCCGGAGAGUUAACAAAGGACGUUUGCACUCACCUCCUAGUGGGGAACAAGUCCAGUACCAAGUACAGAUACGCUCGUCAGUGGAAGAUGCACUGUGUCACGUCUCAGUGGUUCUAUGACAGCGUGGACUGUGGCUAUUGUAUGCCUGAGGUAGAGUAUGAUGUGGACGGUAGUGGAGGUGCCGAGAAGGAACCAGAGAAGGCAGAAAACGGCUGGAGGAAGAGCCUGGAGAGCUUUAAACUACCAACUGUGGCUGAUGAUGAAUUUCUUGAUGGCUGUAAGAUCUUUCUGACUGGUUUCAGUGAAGAGGAGUUGAUGGUAGUGUACAAAAUCGUUAAUCUUGGGGGCGGAGUCAGACUGGAUCGGCUGAGUGAGGAGAUCUCUCAUGUGGUGAUGGGGGACAGGGAGCAAUCCGUUGUUACCACAAUACAACACCUCAACAGCAGUCCACGUGUGGUGAGUGCCCAGUGGCUAUUGGACUGUUGCAGUAUAGGGGAGAGGGUGAAUGAGGAAGACUACCUCUGUCUCCACUCGGGUGAGAGCAUGACUGCCGGGAAGAAGAGGAAGCUACCCGAUGAUAAGAAUGAUGGUAUUGAUGCUGCUAAACGGCCGUGUUACCAAGGUUAUGAUGACAAUGAGCUGCUAGAUGAGGAGGAUUUAAUGAAUCAGUACAAAAUGAGGGAUUCCCUUACCGAAGCUCCACCCACAGGAAGCGGAGUGCUGAGUGGGUAUUCUCUAUCAGUGAGCAGAAGAAUUCCAGCAGAGGAUCGCAAGAUGUCUGUCCGAGUUAUCACAGAACAAGGAGGCAAGGUGGUGUCUCCUCCUAACGGCUCAUUUUAUAUCCUACCUAUUGAGUUUUUCGAAGAGAGUGCUAUGCAACAGAGUGAAGCUACUCACGUCACUAUGAUCUGGGUGCUACACUCUAUUGAUGCCGGCACUCUACUUGAACCCUCCUCCCACUUCCUGUUCAUGCCAAUGGCCACACCCAUCUCCACAACCACCCUCUCUGGCUGUGUCCUUGCCUUCAGUCAGUUCUCUGACAUAGAGAGAGAGCAUCUAAUCCGACUCAGCAAGAGCCUGGGAGCCGUUGUACAGGACCAUUUUGCUCGGUACCCAGCCCAUGGUCUCCUGGCGACUACCCACCUUAUAAUGAAGCACCCCUCAGGGGACAAAUACUCGUUCUCAGUCAAGUGGGGGGUACCUGCUGUGACAGACAGCUGGUUAUUUGCCUGUGCCAAGGCUCGGAUUAUUGUUGCCAUUGACUCCCACCUUGUCAGUCUCCAGGAGGUUGCCCCGCCUCUCUCUGUUCCCACCCUCCCCUUGUCCUCGGCAGCCCCACCCACUUCCCUAUCCAACAACGUUCAAGCUAGUCUGUCCACAUCAAAAGAAUGUGAUGUUGAGAGAGCAGAGCCUAUGAAAGAUGUAAAAGGGAGGUUGACCAUUCUCAGUGGUGUGGUAAUAGCACUGAGUAAGAAGCUGGGAACUCAGGAGGCCCAACUGAAAUCUCUGGCCUUGGAGAUGGGAGCUGAGUUCAAGAAGAGACUGGACCACAAGUGUACUCACUACGUCUAUCAGGGUAAGGCUACAGAGGCACUGAGGGAUCGUGAGGUGAAGAUGGCUAAAGAACAAGACUGUUUCAUUGUGUCCCCACACUGGAUCACAGCGUGCUCAGAGCGGUGUGCUCGAGUAGAAGAGGCUGACUACCCUCACACCUACAACCCCAACAUGGCUCUGGCUGGUCUCUCAAUGCCAAGAAAUACCCUCAGUCAGUUGCAAGCCAAGACCACAUCAACACAUUUGGAUGCCCCACAAUCCAACACCAUGCAUGGGAAUGAAACAGGUUCUGAGGAUGACACCGAUUCUUAUAAUUCUGAGAGUGAUACGGAUGACACUAAAGUUGCAUCUUCGGAGGCUGCCAAACGUUUGCAAGAGCAUCUUGAACAAAUCAAGGAAGCCCCAAUGGAUCAGCAUAAAAAACGGCGCAGUCGCCGACUCUUGGGCAAGGAAGACAAGACAAACGAAGCCCCACCACCCUCACACCAGCCACACCAUCGCAAGUCCCCACAUAAAAAGGGGCGAAGUAGACGAGAUCGCCGCGGAAAACGGAAAGAAGAACAGCUCCUCGAGAGUCAAGUAACUGAUUCACAGCUGCUGCAAGUGACCUAUGAUGACCCCAACGGCAGGAAAGAGAGAGAGAAACUACUGGCCAAGAUUGAUAGAGGAGACAAAUUGAAAACCCGUGGACUUGAAAUAAGUGAAGCUGUUGGAGAUGAUGCUCCUCCGAAAAGUAUAGAUUGUCCGCUCAGUGAAAACAAACAUCAAGUAUUAAAACCUCAAUCUUCCAAAGAUUCAAUAUCUAGCAACAAACUUGUUUGUGAUAAUGACCUCCCCCCGAGCACUCCCGCUGCUCCCUCAUUGAACGUUCCCAUAGUAACACACGCGAGCAAAGGUGGAGGAGUUCAACAACUGUAUGAUGAGAGAAACACUAGCAUCACUACCAGGACCCGGAGACAGUGUCAACCUAAGAUUCUUCUGUCUUCUUUGGACCAGAGAGAAAAACUGGACUAUGGUGCCCUGAUCCAGGACCUGGGAGGAGAUUACAUUGACCAGGACUACUUUUCCCCAAAGUGCACACACCUUGUUGUUGGUAGAGCUAGUAGGACUGAGAAAUACUUGGGAGCAUGUGCAGCUGGGAAGUGGGUGCUACACAAAUCAUUUCUGGAGGAGUCUCGAGCUUGUGGUGCCUUCGUCAAGGAGGAGUCUCAUGAGUGGGGUGUAGCCAAGGCAGGGGGCACGAUCCAACCACUGGAGGCCGCUCCAAAAACAUGGAGACUAGCUCUUGCAGAGAAACAACGACAGAAUCCUGGCCAGUCUGUGAGCGGAGCAUUCGAUGGUUGGAAGGUCUUGCUGUUUGCUGAGCGUAACAAAGUGCCUGGGAUGAAGCGACUGCUUGAGGCCGGGGGAGCACAGGUCCUCACUCCUUCUAGUCACAAGGCUGCCACUCACGCUUUCAUCAGCAUCAGCUACUUCCCCAAGGACUCACUCUCAUUGGAGCAGCUUGUCAAUAAUGGGGUCCACUGUUUGAAGCCCGACUACAUUGCGGACUAUUUAGCCAAGGGAAGUGCUCUAAAAACAGAGUCACUCUAUAUCAAUGAAGUCAAAUCGCUAACACGAAGUGUCGAGCUCCUUCUUAGUAUACGGAAGAGAGAAACAGGUUCGCUUGACAAUUGAAGGCCUCCAGUAAAGAAUAGCAGAGUGUUGCACUAACUUACUCGGUAGAUCAAAGAAACUCCAGUGGCAAUGAUUACUAAUUAUGGAGUAAUUAUGGACAGUCAAAAGUAAAUAGUUCUAUAUAGAGACUAAAUUCACUGUACAUAAUAAUAGCUGUGACUAAGAGUCAUAAAUUAUUAUUACACAUGACAGUACAGUAUUGUAUAUAAAUGUGAUUUGUGGUAACAAAAAGAAGAACAAUCCACCGGGUUUUAUUUUUAUUAAAGGUUUAGCAAUUAAUGCAAGGAUACAACAAAAUUAAUAUCUAUAAAGCUAUAGGGUGAAGUGUGUCCUAUAAUACAAACUUAAGUUUUAAUAGCUACAACAUGUCAACUCUAUAAGUGAGAAUACAAAUAUGUCUUAACAUAAUUGAACAUAAUUAUUGUUGGAUUCUUCUUGCAACCAUGCAUGCGAAUUGAGUAAAGUAUAGCGCGAAAUUUUCGAGGGCUUAAUUUUCGCGGAUUUCGUGGGUUAGCAAUCCUACACAAAAAUUAAGGCGUGGCUUCCGGUAAGCAGUCAUUCCGCGAACAUUGUGCAACGAAAUGCUUUUAGAGGCCAAUCCACGAAAUAUAAGUGCCUCGAAAAUGUCGCGCUAUAUACGGUAUAUAUUAUAUAGCUAGACAGUCUAAACUAUUGCUAUUGUUUCAAGUUCAGAGAUUGACUGCCAAUAAACAUUUUUAUUUUGUAUAGUAAAGUACAACGACAACAACAACUGAAAAGGGUAAUGAAUGGACAACUAUUUAUAAGAGUCAGGUCCCGGGGGUGAUCAAUAAUAAUCCAGAAUAGUCCAGAACAAUCCAGAGAGGAAGGGUGCAUGAUAAUCGAAAACCAAAGAAAAACUGUGAUCACACAACAAUCAUAAAUGUGUAUAACAAGUGUGAUAAUUAUAAUUAUACAUAACAAAACACAUCAGGAUAGAUGACAACACAUCAUGAACAAUCACGCACAUGCACCAUGCAGUAUAUAUACACACCAACACAUAAUUUAUACUAACACAGUAUGAGAGGUAUACCACCAACACAUAUAUACUAGCACAGUAUGAGAGGUACCGAUCAUAGACCUCUUCCACAACUCCCUGAGGCUGAUAACUCUCGUCUCUCAAUCUCUUCAGGCAUGCAUGCAUGUGCAGUGAAGUAUACAAACCCAACCAGACUGACUACCCAUGCAAACUAAAUGCUGAGCACAUUUUAGUUUGUGGGCGGCGAUUUUUUUUUUUUUAAUAGGUGAAAUUC